UCUGGUAUUUUCUGGAUGUUUCUUGGUCAGCUGAGCGUGACGUCGGGACAGAGGUGAUAUAAACACAAGGGAAUGAGAGCGUCUGACGGGCAGAGCUCCCCAUGGCAUCUGUCACAUUCUAAAAGACAAGUCUGGGCUGAUGGUUCUUGCUUGAUGAUUUGAGUCUGGACUAAUGGCCUGUGCAUUAAUCGCCUACCAUCUGGAGACUUGUACUGGUUCCCGCCCAUAGAGAUCUCUACCCAACAUCAGCCCUGGGUAUUUACUGACUGAAAAGAGGGACACUGUAAAGAAUCCCACCAUGGUAGAUUAUUACGAUAUGCUUGGGGUUCCCAGAAAUGCCACUCAGGAUGACAUUAAACGAGCGUAUCGGAAGUUAGCAUUGCGCUGGCACCCAGACAAGAACCCUGACAACAAGGAGCAUGCAGAGAAGAAAUUUAAAGACAUAGCAGAAGCCUAUGAAGUCUUAUCAGACAGAGAAAAGCGAGAGGCAUAUGAUAAUCACAUGACUUCAGGUUUCUCUGAUGCAGGGUCAUUUAGGGCAACAAGGGUCCAAAGACCUUUUGAUUUUGGAUUCCACUUCCGUAGUCCAGAAGAUGUGUUCCGGGAAUUUUUUGAUGGGAGAGACCCCUUCUCUGAUAUAUUUGGUGAUGACUUCUUUAUGUUCUCCAAUCAGCCCCUUGGCGGUUCCCAUCGCGCUAACUCUGUGCCCAUGUUUCCAUCCUCUUUCCCCUUUGGCAGCGAAUUCUCCUUUCACAGUGGAGACCUUGGAGGGUCUGGGAAUUUCUGCUCAGUGUCUACAUCAACCAAGUUUGUUAAUGGCAAGAAAAUUACAACUAAAAGGGUCAUGGAAAAUGGUGUAGAACGUGUGGAGGUAGAAGAGGAUGGGGAGCUAAAGUCCAUCUGGGUUAAUGGAAUUCAGGAUGAUUUGGCUCUGGCAAUUGAGUUGAGCAAAAGGGAGCAAGCCUUUCUGCCCAGAGCCAGCACCAGGACAGAUGGCACAUUGUACAAUGUCCAGCGACGUUCUCCACCUGACACACCUGUGGUGCUGGACAGUGAUGAUGAAGAUGAGGAGCUUCAGUUGGCAAUGGCUUACAGCCUGUCUGAGUUUGAACAAUCCAGGCAACACCCAGAAGGUGUGUUCUGAGCCUGGAGUCACACAAUUGCCCUCACGUCUUCCAGUCGCUGAGGCUAUAGGUGAAAAAACUUGCCCCAUGCACGCUCUCAUUGCACAGACCAUCCUGAGGCGCAGGGGCACUUCCCUUAUAUAAUCUGGAUACUUACCUUGGACUUUCAAUAAAUCCUUUCUAUAAUGUAAAAGGGCUGGACCCAAGAAUCAUGCAAUAUUUAACUGGACUGAAUAUCUGCAGUGUGGAAAUGUUUGGUACUUGUAUUGUACUGGCCCUGGUUUCAUUACUGACAUGCUCUACCCACAUGUUAUAUUGUAUAGCCACAAAAGUCUUCCCCUACUUUUCGGUCUCCGAUUCCCAGACUACACCAACCUUUGUCUGCUGAACUGCACCUCUCCGCACCCAAACAGCAAUCAGACUCCCCAUUUCCCAAAUAGUAUGUAUUACAGAGAGAAGAGUAUGUGCAAUAUAUUCACUGGUAUAGGGGGUGCAGUGUCUGCAGCGUGUUUCCAUAAUAGCGACAUCUUAUAACUGCAAUUAUAUUUACAAUUUAUAUAUUACAAUUUAAUUUAUCUAUAUGGAAAAGUUGCUUAUAAUUACAUUUUCUUUCAUGCAAAAAAACCCCAAAACUUUCUUUUUUGGUGGAGUUCCCCUUUAACUAGGUAUUCGCCUGCUUGCCCUGGCUGUUGCCUUAUAAUGGUAAAAGGGUUUGGUAAAAUACACUAAAAAUAGGGGUAACAUUACCCAGAGGCAAACUAAAACCCAUUUUGUCUGGUUCUAAGGGGCCAUCUUGCUGACAGUCAGCAUGGCAGGCCCUAUAAACAACAAAGAAACCAAUUUUAUCCUGCUACAAAAUAAUAAAAGCCCCAGGAAUACAGGGCAAUGACUGGCAGGAAGAGAAGCAUUAAGGGGCUGCAUAGUUAGAAUAUACAAUCUCCUUUCUUUUAUUGUUAGUUUGUUUCUUGAUACAUAUGUAACAUAAGUUAAACGUAAAUAAAAAUGUAUUUAUGACAUA